AUGGCCAGUGAGAAGGGGUGUGCAGAAAUCCCCAUGAUUAUGUACGAACCACACCAUGAACCCUACAGGCAAGAGCCCUCUGCACCACCCUACUGCAGCCAGGAGGGGGGAUACGAGUAUCCUUCUCCCCCACCCUACUCCAGCCGAGAAACAACCACCGUGGAGCAACCAGUUUACUUGGUGUCUCAGCCUCCGAUCAUCGUAGCAGGAAUCUUCUCAAGCAAGCCAACCUCCACAAUAUGCCCUUCCUGCCGCCAGCACAUCACCACGCAGGUCACCUACAGGCUGGGCAGGCUGUCUUACCUUCUGUGCACCACCUUGUGUAUGGUUGGGUGCUGUUUUGGAUGCUGCUUCGUACCGUUGUUCGUGAAGAUUUUCAAGGACGCAGACCACUACUGCCCGUGCUGCCAGUUUCACAUUUAUAGAUAUAAAAGACUGUAG